AAUCCCACCCUUGUCGGAACAGCACGGUCCUAUACAGCAUGGUCCUGUACACUACAAUCAUAAUGAAAAGUCCAAGUUCCCCGAAGCCUAAACCCCGCUCCGGCCGCCCGACUGAGGGAACACUAUUACUGCCACCAACCACAACCCUCAUUUUAUUUAUCGUGGGUUCUUGUCAAGUGCGAUAUUGGCUGAGACUACGGUUCGCUCCCUCAUGUAAAGUACAGAAUGCCUGUUUAGACACCGGACGUGGUUAUAUCCUCUUGCGGGUUUUGAACGGCAACCACCUUUUGAGCGGUGGAGCAACAACACACGGGAAGGGCGGAACUGCACCCGUUUGUAAGGCCACAAAACACGACUUCAAUCGCCAGCGCACUACCCCGAGGUAAGUGGGGCAGUUUGCUCUCUCUCAUUCAACUCUCUCUCCACGCUAGUCUAUCGCUCAACGCAACUAACUAAAUUAUAACUACGGGAGUGUAUACUAGUAUACCAUAUGAAUCACAACAAAAGCUUCCUACUCUCUUUCCACCGAUCGCCGCAUAUAUCCACCCCGGUCCACGCAAGUCUCCAUUUCCUCCGCGCACUCCCAUGCUAACAAAGAAAGAGAGGCUUCGUAAACACUCUCCUUUCUCGGGGCCUCCGCUCCGCGCGGUCCCUUUGACUCUCAUGUACUGCUUCCGGCGUAUCAGUGUUAUCCUUCCACAGAUGUGCUAAUUCAAAGCGCAUCUCCGAAACCUCUAUCGGAACAAGCAAAACAACAACCUGAGCAUGUCCUAUAGCACCCAUGGCUCCCAACAAGUAGCUGUUUUUCGAGUAGCAUGAGAGCGGGACUAGCGCGGAAUAUGUUUUACAUUCCCGGACAUUGACGAGAUUAUUUGUGUGAUGGAAUGUUUAGAGUCCUGGCUCAUGGAAGGAUUAUCCCUACACGGGAGAGAUCUGGAGGCAGCAGAACCGGCGAUGAUGUCAGUUGAUUUGGGCAAGGAUUACGGAACCCUGAGACCCCACGAAUGAAGCAGAACUAGACUCAGGAUGAUACCGAACGGCGAUGAAACGAAACGACGAUAACUAAAUGCGCUGUGAAAACUCUGCACAACCAAGAGCGCGGAAGGUUCACCAAGGUCGCUCCGCAACUUUCUCUAUUCAACUUGCUCUAUUCAACGGCUCUUUCUCACUUGCUCCACGACUCACGGCUCCACAAAACUAACCGACAGGAAAAAACAGGAGCAUAAGUAAACGACAAAGAUUACCUAUCCUAUCCUUCCUACGAUCGCCGCAUACCAGUAUCUCUAACACCUCCCACACUCAUCUCCAUUUCCUCUGUGCGCUCCCAUGCUAUCAAUCAUGCUAACAAAAGAGAGAAUAAGAACAAAGACUCCCGACGGUCUAUAACUCCCUUGCCGUUCAUAUCAUCCUCCGUCGGAAGCGCUUUUCCAAAGCGCCCAAUCAGAACCUCUGCCCCAACAAAGCAAAUGCGCCAAAAACAAGUGGCGGGAGGGGAGUGGACAGGCGAGAACGAACAAACAGCCUGCUCAGGGAACGUACAACGAAUAUGCAGACGGGCAACAUACGGGCGAGUAGAGAUGCCGACGGACAAGAAAACAAAGUCAUGAGCACGCCGAGCAGCAUCCGUGAUUUCCAACACUACCGGUACCCCAACGGUUCAUUUCCCGUACGAGUAUUCCUUGGCUAUAAUGUUCGAGAUGUGUCCGGAAGAACUCCACCCGAAUUGCGAAAACAAGAAAACUCCCUUCGACUGCGGGGGAAAUUGAGAAAGCAUAAGUUUGUCCAUAUUCCCCGGCUAUGCUGUCCUUUUUUCCCCUCCUUCUUUCCUUCAGCACGUGCUUCUGCGCCAAGAGGUGAGGUUGGAAUUAAGGUAUGGUGAGGUACUGUACAUUUAGCCAGGCUUGCAUUUCUAAUAUA